GAAGCUGGUCAUGCAGCAACCGCUGCGGAGUAUGUCGCUUCUUUUGCUUCCUACCAGCCUAUCUCCGGCUGGCGCUUUUCCGUUGAAGCUGUCCCCACACUUGGUCAGGUAGAACGUAUUGUGCAUUCAUUGCAGCGUGGAAAAGCUGCCGGCUGUGAUGGGAUCACAGGCGAACUCUUGCGAGCCAGUGCCGUUCAGACGGCCAGACAUCUCCUGCCCGUUUUGGCUAAGACAGCCCUUCGGGCACGGGAACCUGUCACCUUUAGGGGGGGAGACCUGAUCCUCCUCGCCAAACGUGCUGCUAGCGUUCUCACCUGUGAGAGUUACCGCUCUAUCCUGAUCUCGUCCGUGCCAGCCAAAGUCUACCAUAGGUGCUUGCGAGAGCAACUGCAGCCGGCCUUUGCCGAUCACCGGACCACCUUUCAAGGAGGUGUGCUUCCAGGACAAGGCAUCGAGUUUGUUGCAUUAACAGCCAAGACCUUCUUUCGGCUUUGCAACACGGCCAAUCGACGGGCUGCUAUCAUUUUCUUUGACUUGCGUGCGGCCUUCUAUCAGGUCCUGCGCCAACUGCUCACUCAGAAUCAAGAAAGUGAUCAGGCGCUAUUACAGCUCUUCAGCCAGCUGCGUCUCCCCAAUGAGGCAGUGCAAGAACUUAGGCACCACUUGUCCAAGGCAGCCGAACUUGAGCGUGCCGGUGCUAGUGAACACACGCGUGCCCUUAUCGCUGACAUGUUCCGAGGCAGCUGGUUCAGGCUAUCGGGGCACAGCAUGCUCACCAUCACCAAGCGUGGCACGCGACCAGGCGAUCCCACCGCGGACAUCUUGUUUGCGUUUACUCUCACUGCCUUUGUGCGACAUGUGACCACCGUUCUUGCAGAGGCACAUCUACAAGCAGACAUCCCUCAAAGCUCUGCGCGGCACCAUUCCAUUCCGUAUGAGGGAACGGUGGAUUUGGGGUGCCCCUCCUGGGCCGAUGACUUCUUUUUCCCUCAGACAGCAGGGACCGAUGAAGAGCUCAUCCAGAGAGUUCGCCGCAGCGCUACACUUCUUGCAAGUCAUGCCACCAGUCUGGGAAUGACAGUCAAGUACGGUACGGAUAAGACCUCUGUCCUGCUACCGGCUACCGUACCUGUCACCUCUCCACUUCUUGAUGUCAAUUCCAAAGGCCAAUCCGGCUUGGCCUUUGAGGAUUCGGUCUCCAGAGAGGUGGUUUUUCUCCCGGUUGUCGCGGCCUACCGCCACUUAGGAGGCAUUGUCACCGCCAAUGGUGACCCUCUGCCAGACCUCCACCUGAGGUUUUCGAACGCCAUGGGAGUCAUCCGGCCACUUCGGAAAAAACUCUUUGGGACGAGGCGGUUUGAUGUGAAUGUCCGGAAGACUCUUUUGCAGUCCUUGGCAGUCUCGCGUUAUGUCCACACGGCCUCGGCGCUCAUCCUCAAUACAGCUCAACAGGUGCGAGUGUGGGAGAAGCAGUAUCUGCACCUAUGGCGCUCUUUGACAGCACGCACUGCGGCAGACGUGCAAGCCCACAACUAUGAAGUGUUGCGAGUCGGGCAAGCAUCGGCUCCGCCUCUUGCCUUAGCACAAGCCCGCGCAGCACUGCUUGCCAAGUUGUACACCAAUGGUCCCGCCGCUUUGCUCGCACUUCUGUUUGACCAUUGGGAGCUACAUCCGCGCACGGCUUGGAUGUCCCAGUUUCGACAGGACUGGCAGUGUGUGCUGCAAUAUGUCCCCUCCGUCAAGGACUGCAUUAGCGAACAGGAUACAAUCCCCGAUUUGCUAUCUUCCUAUGCCGAAGAUGUGAGGAAGCACUUGCAUGCUCAUUUGGCAAAGUCUCAUGCCGUUUUCAGCCCUGCGAGACACUACGCCAUAGGCCCCAGAUGCGAGGUCUGUAUGCGCCAUUAUGGGAAGAUAAGCCAGGUGCAGCAGCACUUGAAGCAGUCGACAGCUUGUCUUUUGCGUUGCCUCUACUUGUUUCGGCCCCUCAGUGUAUGCGAAAUCCGCGAGAUAGAAGGCCCGGAGAAGAAGCGACGCCAAGCUGUCCUUGCCGGAAAGUGGGAACAGUUCGCCUGUAGUGGGCCUCCCCGACGGGCUCCUAUCGAGUUUGGGCCCCGGCUUCCGACAGCCGAAGAGCGUGCUUACGAUCCCGAUCCAACGGAGGACGCAGUGGUCUCCGCACUAGUUCGUCCCUUCCUCCCCUCCGAUGAGGAUGUCCGCUGGAUUACAGCACAUGUUGCAG